GCGAUUCAACACGAGAGUUCAAAAAUGUAAACUAUCAUGGCGGAAGGAGAGCAAGAUCCCUAGGUCUAUCACCUGACUUCUACUUAUUUUGGGAUCAUGGCAAAUGAGGAUGCUGUCAGGGCCACAAACGAUGAUGCGGCACAGUGUAAACGUUUUGCUGUCGAACGCGGGUACUGGGAAGAUCCCUAUAUUUCUCUGUUAACAACAAAAGGCCAGGCCCGACAUGCGCCAGAGAUCAACAGAGGUUACUAUGCCAGGGUUUGGGCUAUGCGAGCUUGCAUUCAAAGGUUCACAAAAUUAACAGAUUGUAACUGCCAAAUUAUAAACUUUGGAGCAGGAUUUGAUACCACAUACUGGCUGUUGAAAGACCAGCAGUUGUCACCUAAAACUUACAUAGAAGUUGAUUUUCCGAUGGUGACAUCAAGAAAAUGUCAUCAGAUCCGGCGGAAUGAGGCACUCCUGAAGACAAUUGCAGGGGAAGAUGCAGACAUGAAGAUAAGUAAGACCGAGAUUCAUGGAACAGAUUACCACCUGGUGUCGGCUAACCUACGUAACCUCGAGGAGGUGAAAAAGAAACUAACAGAGAGUGGCCUUGACACCGCCCUUCCUACUCUGUUCGUGACCGAGUGUGUUCUUGUCUACAUUGACACGGAGAGCACGAAUAAAGUCCUAAAGUGGAUUGCUGAUUCAUUCCCAGUCACUUUGUUCCUCAACUACGAACAGGUGAACAUGACAGAUCGGUUUGGACAGGUGAUGAUAGAUAAUCUGAAGACGCGGGAUUGUGUUCUAAUGGGCGUGGAGGCGUGUGCCAGUAUGGACUCUCAGAAACAGAGGUUUACCAGCCAGGGUUGGCAGGGAGCUGAUGGUAUGGACAUGAGCCAGAUCUACAAAUGCUUACCCGACUUACAUAGGAUCGAGCGGAUAGAGUUUAUGGAUGAGAAGGAGCUUCUCGAUCAAUUACUAAGUCACUACUGUAUAGUGUGGGCAUGGAAGGAUCCACAUGACCUUGGCCUCUGUGACAUGACCUUCACUUAACCUUGGCCUCUUUAAGAUGACCUUGGCUUGUGAAACUUCAAUCCUAAGGACACCAAAUUUGUUUUUAAAAGUGCUCAAAUCUUCACAUGACAAUUCCGUUGGUCUGUAGAUAUGAACUAUGUUUAAGUAAGGAUGUUUUUUCUCCUACAAUCACUCCGUAGCCAUGAUGAGACAAGGGUACCCUGUGAAUAUUUAUGGAUGUGAUUCAGUUGGUGACUCAAUGUGAUGAAUGGUUGUGAUUAGUUAAAAUAAACUAUUAAAUAGCAUGCCACCGUAUAAAUGCUGUGGCUUAUUGUACUGAUUAAAUUUACACCAGGCCUGAUUUUCAGUAAUCUUAGAAUCCAGUCUGUUUACAGGAAAUUUUCAGUGCUAUAUGAAAUUACAAUUUAUAUACAAACUUAAUAACGCACAUAAUAAGUAAUGAUCACUGUACUACCUCCAUUAGUUCUGAACAGUUGUUAAGGGAUCGACAAUUUCACUGUAUUAUUGAAGCGGACAGGUCGUGUGGAACACACUUGUUUGGCUUGGCUGAGUUUGUCGAGUUGAGAGUCUCACUUUACCGGAGGGCUUGGCUGAGUUUGUCGAGUGGAGAGUCUCACUCUUUACUGGAGGGCUUGGCUGAGUUUGUCGA